AAUGAAGUCUUUCUCAAUCCUCGCAGGCCUUGUUGGUCUUGCCUCUGCCGGAAACUGGAACCAGACAUGGACUCAAUCCUCAUCUGCUUCCUUAUCUUCUGCCCUGACCUCCUCGUCUCCCUCGGCCAUCAAGCCUACCGGCUGGACUUCUGAUUCGAGCUCUUCUGCCUCUAUCAAGCCUACCGGCUGGGUUCCUGAGCACAGCUCUUCUUGGGUUCCUUCUUCUUCGGUCGAGCCUAACACCACCUCCACCCUUGUCACAUACGUUACUACAACAGUGUGUCCCGCCACGACUGUCGUCAACGGACACACAAGUAUCUAUACUACUACGAGCACACUGACCGUCACCUCGUGCAAGGGUGGCUGCCACAAGCCCACUCAGGCCCCUUCUUCGUCCUGGGUUUCUUCUUCCACUAAGCCUGCUGAGAACGUCACAUCCACCGAGACCGUUUACUACACAACUACUUCGCUGUGCCCCGUUACCACUACCAAGCAGGGUCACACAUUCACUUACACAACCACCAGCACUUUCGUUGUGACUAGCUGCAAGGGAGGCUGCCAGAAGCCUACAUCUGUUCCUGAUGUGACUAAGACUGAGGAAGUCUACACAACUACCACGGUCUGCCCAAUCACUGAGACCACUGUCAGCGCUGGCAAGACCUUGACCCAGACAUAUACCACAACUCUGACCCAAACUCUCACUUCCUGCAAGGGAGGUUGCUCUAAGACUCAACAACCCUCGCAGAGCAGCACUCCUGUUGCUCCCUACCCUAUCCACAACGCAACCACUCAGGGCCAUGCUGGUCCUUCUGGUGUCGCUCCUUCGGGCUGGGUCCCCGUCCCCGUUCCUUCCGAGAAGACCAAGACCGUCACCGACAAAGUCAUCACCACCAUCACUACCUGCUCUUCUGGUGAGGUCAUCUCGACUGGUGGAUCGAAGACCACUUUGACUACCCCUUCAGUUAUCACAAGCACUUACACUAGCUACGCUACUGUCACCGCAUCUACUCAAGGCCAUGUCGUCCCCACUGCUCCCGUGUACAGCAAUGGAACCACCCAGUACGUCACCGACGUUACAACAACCUAUCUGACUACCUGCCCUGCUGUCAGCUCUUAUGUCACCGGUGGCGUUACCAAGACAACGACCUACAUGACCGUCUCGACCGCAACUUCAAUCAUCAAGGUUUCGAAGACUGGCUCAGUUCAGAUCCCCGCAACUUCUGCUCCUGAGGCCCCCAAGCCCACCACGAUUACAAAGUACAGCACCACUGAGCUCACCGUUUCUUGCAAGGGAAUGUCGUCACCAGCUCUUACCCCGUUGUUGUCGUCUCGACCCCUGCUUCUUCCCCCUGUCUCGCCUGUCACCAACUCUGCCCCUGGCUCUUCCGGCAAGGUUACUGUCGUCGUUCCCGUUACUCAGUACACUACUACCUGCCCCUACACUACUACUGAUGCACACGGCUCGACUUCAGUCUUCAUGACAACCUCGAUCGUCAGCCACCCUGCCGAGAGCACCGUGAUUCCUUCUGCUCCCGCAGAGACCCAGCCUGCAUCCUCGCCUGUCGCUCCCGCCCAGUCGAGCAAGCCUGUCGAGUCUGCUCCCGUUGAAAGCUCCAAGCCCGUCGAGUCUGCCCCCGUCCAGAGCACCAAGCCUGUCGAGUCUGCUCCCGUUCAGAGCAGCAUGCCCGUCGAAUCUGUCCCUGCUCAGAGCAGCAAGCCCGCAUCGUCGCCUGCCGCUCCUGUUGAGUCGAGCCCUGUUGAGUCUGCUCCUGUCCAAAGCAGCAAGCCCGUCGAGUCCGCCCCUGCUACCACUCCUGCAACCACUUCCGCUGCCAGCUCGUCUGUCAAGCCCACUGGCAACGUUGUCACCCAGAUCAGCGAUGGUCAGAUCCAAGCUCCUGGCCCUUCGUCUGCUCCCACUGCCCCCGCCAGCUCUGGAUCCGCUGCUUCUUCAGUCCACUCUGUCUUGAGCAGCUCUGUUCACGCCAACGCCCCUAGCAGCACUAGCGGCUCUGUCGCCUCUGCUACCGUCUCGACCCCUGCUCAGUACACUGGUGCUGCCAGCAAGACCAACGCAAGCUUCAUGGCCGCCGUCGCCGCUAUGGCUGCCAUCUUCUUCUUU